UUAAAUUUGCAAACUUUAUUCACAUUUCCAUUUGAUUUCAAGAGGGACUUGGAGGGUGCCCUGUUCUCUAAGCAAGGAACUUCCCAAUACCCACCGAGGAGCGCCCUCCAUCAAAGCCUCAAAAAUGCAGAGGCUCCUUUCUCUGAAACUAGCCUCCUCAAACCUCCCCAGAAACCUCCCAACCUCCGCCACAUCCACCGCCACCACCUCCUCAAUCUUCCACUCCCAAUGUCACAAAACGUUUUCUCUCGCCAAACCGCCCAUAGCCCAGAACCAAAACCACUUCUUCAGCUCCUUUCCUGCACUCCCGCUUCGCCACCACCCUCAUCCAUGGCGGUCGCAGCACACUCUCGCGCAAAAAAUUCAUGGGUUUCUCUCCAACUCAUCACUCAGAAAGCAAUCCUUUCUGGGUUUCUCGAAUACCCUUCUGAGAGCUUCAAGCAAGAGCCUUUCGGACUGCAGACUCGGAUUCCUCAGAGCCCAAUUUCCCAAACGGAGCUUUAAGUUCAACCAGAAUUUCACUUCUCAUCGGAGUCCAUGGAGGUCGUGGUUCGGGAGGUUAUCGAAUAAUGAAGUGGUUUUGGGAUUGAUUGUAGCUAAUGUUGCUGUUUUUCUUUUAUGGAGGAUUGCAGAUCGUAGCUUCAUGAUGAAUAAUUUUACCAUUUCAUUACACAAUUUUGCAAGUGGACGGCUGCACACGUUGAUAACUUCUGCAUUCAGUCAUAUUGAUGCUGGACAUAUCUUUUCUAACAUGAUCGGACUAUAUUUUUUUGGGAUGAAUAUUGGAAGAGUUUUUGGGCCUGAGUUUUUGCUGAAGUUGUAUCUAGCCGGGGCAGUUGGUGGCUCAGUCUUUUUCUUGGUCCACAAAGCCUUCCUGGCCGCGUCAUCGCAGGGCCGAAAGCCAUGGAACACGGAGGCGGCAAAGAUACCAGGACUGGGGGCAAGCGGAGCUGUUAAUGCUAUCAUGUUGCUCGAUAUAUUCUUCCCAAAAGCAACCCUCUACUUAGAAUUCAUCAUACCAGUUCCUGCCAUCCUGCUGGGUAUCUUUCUAAUUGGGAACGACGUCUUGAGGAUAAUAGAGGGAGACAGACAUAUCUCAGGAGCUGCACACUUGGGGGGUGCUGCGGUUGCAGCCAUAGCGUGGGCACGGCUUCGGAAGGGGCGUUUCUGAGUUUUGUUGACGGCUCUGCGCAUUAGUUGUGCAACGCGUUGUAGAUUUUCUGGCUAGGAAACUUAAGGUAGCCCAACGUGUAGUGAAUGGUUUAAAUUACCUAAUCAUCCAUUGAGACAGACUUCACAAUA